CAGCCGGACCACGCCUGGAAAGUUUGGGGCGGAGAAUCACAGUUAAAUUGAAGGAUCAAGACAACUGCUAAAAAAACCAAAAAAAAAAAAAAAAACAGUUAUCCUUCAAAAGCGGAAUAAUGUCGGGAAUAGCCUCUACCCUAGCCAAGAACAGAGCGAAGGCUGCAGGGUUUGGAACUAACGCCAAUGCGACUAAAUAUCUCAACCAGGACUUUGAGGCACUGAGGAGCCAGUGUCGCAGUAAAGGAACCCUGUUCUCAGACCCGACUUUCCCAGCCGCACCCGAAUCUUUGGGCUUUAAAGAACUGGGAGCCAGCUCUUACAAAACCAGGGGAAUAGUAUGGAAAAGACCCAGGGAGCUGUGCUCAAAACCACAAUUCAUCGUCGGUGGAGCUACAAGGACGGAUAUUUGUCAAGGAGCCCUAGGUGACUGCUGGCUUCUAGCUGCCAUUGCCUCCCUGACCCUGAAUGAAGAUGUUCUAGCCAGAGUCGUGCCUGAUGGACAGGACUUUGGUGACAAUUAUGUUGGAAUCUUCCAUUUUCAGUUCUGGCAGUUUGGAGAGUGGGUAGAUGUUGUCAUAGAUGAUCGCCUGCCUGUAAAAGACGGAGAGCUGGUGUUUGUUCACUCUGCGGAGGGAAAUGAGUUCUGGAGCGCACUGCUGGAGAAGGCCUAUGCUAAGGUGAAUGGCUGUUAUGAGGCUCUGUCUGGAGGUUCCACCACUGAAGGUUUUGAGGAUUUCACUGGAGGCAUCGCUGAAAACUACGAUCUGAAGAAAGCACCGUCCAACAUGUUUCAAAUCAUCCAGAAAGCCCUGGAUGCUGGAGCUCUUUUGGGCUGUUCCAUCGAUAUCACUAGUGCUGCUGAUUCAGAAGCUGUCACUCGUCAGAAGCUGGUGAAAGGACAUGCCUACUCACUCACUGGUGCUAUGGAGGUGAACUAUCGUGGCCGCAUGGAGAAGCUUGUUCGUAUGCGGAACCCUUGGGGGCAGGUGGAGUGGACUGGAGCCUGGAGCGACAAUUCAUCUGAAUGGAACGCUGUGGCUGCUUCUGAGCGGCCAAACAACAGAGCUGAGGAUGGAGAAUUCUGGAUGUCUUUCUCAGAUUUCCUAAGCCACUACUCUCGUAUCGAGAUCUGCACUCUGACUCCAGACACCAUCACUAGUGAUUCUGUAAAACACUGGGCCGUGGCCAACUAUGAUGGUACCUGGAGGAGAGGCUCCACCGCUGGGGGCUGCAGAAACCACCCAUACACUUUUUGGAUGAAUCCUCAGUAUGUGAUAAAGCUGGACGAUGAGGACGAUGAUCCAAACGAUAAUGAGGUGGGCUGCAGUUUCGUGGUGGGUUUGAUUCAGAAGAACCGGCGCCGCCUCAGAAAAGCGGGGGAGGACAUGCACACUAUCGGCUUUGCUAUCUAUGAGGUGCCUCCACAGUUUCAUGGUCAGAGGAAUGUGCACCUGGAUAAGAACUUCUUCUUGACACACGGACAGAAAGCUCGCUCUGAGUCUUUCAUUAACCUGAGAGAAGUCUGCACACGCUUCAAAUUGCCGCCGGGUGAAUACCUCGUUGUGCCUUCAACAUUCGAGCCCAACCUGGAUGGAGACUUCUGCCUGCGUGUGUUCUCCGAGAAACAAACAGAAACACUACCAUGUGAUGACCCUGUGGAUGCUGAAUUACCUAACGAGACUGUUUCAGACGAUGAAGUUGAUGCUGGCUUCAGGGGCCUGUUCACAAAACUUGCUGGAGAUGACAUGGAAAUCUCAGCCACAGAGCUCAAGACCAUCUUAAACAAAAUUAUCGCAAAACGAACUGACAUAAAAACAGACGGGUUUAGUUUAGAGACGUGUCGGGUCAUGGUGAACCUCAUGGAUGACAGCGGAAAUGGGAAACUCGGUUUGGGAGAGUUUGCUACUUUGUGGAAAAAAGUGCAAAGAUACCUCGGAAUCUACAAGAAGAAUGACUUGGAUAAUUCUGGAACCAUGAGCACUCCGGAGAUGCGUAUAGCACUGAAAGAGGCUGGUUUCUGUCUUAAUAAUGCUAUAUUUCAGCAGUUGGUGGCACGCUAUGCUGAGACAGAUAUGACCCUCGACUUUGACAACUUUGUGGCCUGCCUCAUGCGUCUAGAGAUGAUGUUCCGGGUUUUCAAGAAGCUUGAUCCCCACCAAACUGGCUUCAUUGAGUUGGACUUUCAGCAGUGGCUGAACUUUACCAUGAUUUAGGUGACCUGCCACCGGACCACAACAUUAAAGAAUGAAUUAUAAGGAUUACAUGUGUUAAAUAUAAAAUACGUUUUUUUGUUUACCAGUUAUUUUUAAACUGGGCAUGGCUCUUUCUAUGUCUUACUUUAAAAGUGUUUCAUGAUUUUAUUGUGCUUGUCAUUACCACACUAUUUUAUUUUACAAAUGCAAGCCUUGUUGAACCAGUCUUAACCACUAUGUAAUAAAAAAGUGUAUGUACUGUUGCAUUUUCCCCAAAUACAUUUUUAAUCACUUUUUAGACUGUA